ACAAUGCCCACUACUUCCCUUCGCCAAUACACCAUCCAAGCUCUCUAUGGCAGCCCAUGUCAAACUUCAGGAUGGCCUUUGUUCAGAUUGCCGGGGCGUUCUUCUCGUCAAGACAUCUGACGCUUCUAAGAAGACUGUCAUAAUCGAGGAGCAGACCUUCAAAGUAUUCAGGGAAGCUGUACGAAAUAGGUGUUACAUCUGCUCCGUCGUAUGGAACCUGAGCCGUCAAUAUCGUCAUCGAUGGUCUGAAUCGCCUGAGUUAUGGAGGCCUAUGCAGUUCAAUGCAACUGUAGAUUCGAAUGCGGCCUUUGAGCUGUAUGUUUCUUAUUCGAACCCUUCGACGAGCAAUGGUGCUGGAGCUCAUUUUUCUCUCGUUUCUAUUGACGACGCCGAAUACAAGGGGAGGCUUGAAACAGCAGUCCUUCAGAAUGUCUUAUCGGCGAGCGCUGCGACUGCGACCGGACUCCAAUGGCUUACGCACUGCCGCGCUUCCCACCCGGCUUGUAGAGAAAGCCAUCUCUCACCCAAAAGCUGGCAUCCUACGCGGAUGCUGGAUAUUGGCAGCCAGGAUUCCACAAGCUGGAGACUCUGCGUAACAGCCGAAGGUGCGGUACCGUCUUCAGCACGUUACCUUACUCUCAGCUACCGCUGGGGCUCGAAUCCAAUUCGUCUCUUGUCUUCCAACGUUGAAGCCUUUCGCAGAGGUUGGCCAAUCGCUGAACUUCCCGUCUUGUUUCGAGACGUAUUCGAAGUUGCCCGGCAAUUUUAUAUUCGCUACGUCUGGAUAGAUGCUCUAUGUAUCAUCCAAGACCAGCAGGACGACUGGGCCAGAGAGGCCUCAACCAUGCAUCUUGUUUACUCCAACUCUGUAUGCACAAUUGCUGCCUCGGGGUCUACAAGCCCAGAUGAUAGUCUCUUUCACGAGGGAGUCCCAGCCUUUAUUCGUCCCGGUAUGGUUCAAAGCACGUUGUGCUCUGAUGAGCCCCAGUCUUUCUACAUCUUGGACUACAAUUAUUGGGACCGCCAGAUCCACGAGGGCCCCUUACACAAUCGUGGUUGGGUAUUCCAAGAACGACAUCUUUCGCCACGCACUCUCUUCUUUGGACGACAUCAGAUUCUCUGGGAAUGUUGGACUGAGCACAAAUGCGAAGCAUUUCCUAAAGGAGUUCCCUUUCAUCAUUCUGAUAAGACAUUGAACCUCCCCAGGGUAGAGCUGGAAGCGCCCUCCCCACAGAACAACGUAAAGAAUGUGAGGUCAAUGAGCCUUUGGGGUCGUCUGAUAACAGAGUACUCUCGUUGUGAGCUUACGCAUCCCUCCGACAAACUUCACGCCAUAGCUGGGGUUGCUAAAUGGUUUGAGAAAGUUACCGGCGAUGAAUACGUGGCUGGUUUGUGGAAAUCACGAUUUGAGCUCAUGCUGGACUGGAGAAUACAUGAGCCUAAACCACGUCUCACACAAGAUUACCGAGCUCCGUCCUGGUCUUGGGCAUCUGUUGAUGGACCUGUCAAACUAUGGGGACUGUCAGCCAAGGCAGAAUGUCUUGUAGAGCUAGUGCGCACGACAGUAGAAACCAGCACGCCAGACAAGAUGUCCACCGUUCUACGUGCCUCGGCUGUCCUCAGGGCCAGAGUCAUACCGGCAAUUUGCGAGCUUGUCGAUCUGCCGUUUGUCACUUUUCAGACUUCUGCCGGCGAGUUCCGUGUACAGAUCUUUCUAGACACCUCAGAUGUGCAAGUCAUCCAAGGCAGGAAAAUUUCUUAUAUGCCUUUGAAGCUCGGCUAUAACUACUUCCAGGACGAAACAACGACACGUCGCAUUGUAUGCAUUAUGCUAGAACAACUCGGAACAUGGUCAAACCGGUUGCCUCAAUAUCGUCGACUGGGGCACUUCGUCCUUCAUGAACAAGAUAGUGUUGAUCUUGACUCAUUGUGUGUUGAGCCUGAAAUGGGCGAAGCUGAGAUCGUCUAACGAGAACGGCGGACAUACAGCUGCUCUGUAGGAAGCAUCGCAUCAUGUUGCAGGACAUGUCGAGGAGGUUACAAGGUUUAGAGAAUUGUGUGCGUUAUUUUACCGAUACAGAUCUCUCUGCCAUUUUAACAGUGAGUACACUUCAGACCGUCCCAAAAUGAUCAAACGCCCACGCCAAUCUAUUCAACUGUCAUUGAGCCUUCGUGUGUUACCUGCGCGAAGUGGAGCUUGUCUGCAUCGGCGUCCGCGACAUGGCUGCCGAGCUGGGGUCCAAGUUUACGCUCCACAGGCAUAUGUGCAACGGUUGUGCCGUUAUCCUAGCCGGCCAGCUUACCACGUUCAAAUUAUCGUAUUAAGUAGUCCAAUAAUUUCUUAGAUUCCUCUGCAGCUAUUUUUCUAGUCGAC